AUGGCAACUACGGCGGAUUUUUUGGGGAAGAACUGCCCCCACUGCGGCGCCAUCGAUAGCCUGGAGACGGACGAUGUGCUUGGUGAAGUGGCAUGCACGGAGUGUGCCAUUGUUGUGGCUAUGGGACUUGAAGAGAGCGUCUCCACGCGAUACGACAAGGACGCCACAUAUGAUGAUGUUGAUCGGCAUCGCAAACGUGAAGAUAUGAGCGUGUCUACGCCUCAUGCCCUCUCCUUGUCGUCCUCGGCAUCGAAAACACCCGGUGGGGACACGACGGGUAAAAUCAUACUCCAUCCGGCCAUGCUUAACUGUAUCCGAGGCCUGCAGAAGAAGUCGGCGCUGCCAGAGCAGGUGAUUGGCCGUGCGGUUGAGUUAGCGAGGCGGUUUGUGGGUGGCCGACGGGCACGUGGUCAGCGAAUUGAGAAGCAGCAGGAUGUUGCAGCGGCCUGCUUCAUGAUUGCGGCCGAACAGAUGAAUCACCCCGUGCCACUUGCGGAGCUGCGCCAUCUUGACGCCGCACUUGGCGAUGUCGAGUAUCGGCGAGCAGAAAUCGUAAAGGAGACACACAUGGAGGAGGAAGAGCGUCGACUUAAGGCCAUGUAUGUGGACAACCUCCUUACAAUAUACCUUCGAAAACUUAGUCUGCAACUGUCACUCUACAUGCCGCGCUGCAAGCGGCUUUUGGGGGUGCUUCAUCAUGUCGAUUCCCUCCGCGAGGUGGGGGUUGUGGACAAAAUUAUCAUGUCGUUGUUGCUUGCACUGACAUCGCGCAGCUUUCAGUGGGAGAAAGAAAAAACCGUUGUGAACACCACAGGCAACAGUGUUAUCGGCAGCACGAACAGCCCGGAGGCCAUCUGCGCCAACUUUGCAGCCAAAGCAAACUUGGACAUAGGAAAGGUCAAUAAAGUCAUGAAAACCGCGAACGAAAACCUGCAAGCGAUCUUGGCGGCAUUUGCUGCCACGGAUAGCACGCAUGGCAAUGAGAAUACGAAGAAGGAGGAAAAAGAGGAGGAUAAUGACAAUUCCAGCAAUAUGACGCUCGUGACCAAACGCAUGAAGGUGGAAAAUCCGUAA